AUGGGAGAAACAGGUGCUUAUACAGGUGAUUUCUCAAAUGCAUCAAUUGCUGCUUUAGCAAUCAAAAAAGUCAUUAUUGAUAGUUUUAAUUAUCAAUUUAAUGGAUGGGGUAUUUGGACAUGGAAUAGUAUUGAUCAAAUACCUCGUUUUUGGACAUUAACUGAACAAAAUAAUACAAUUAAUAAAGUUUUAUCACCAAGUUUUUGGCCUAUUGGAUAA